GAAAAUUUUGCAAAAAUAAUAAAAAGUUAACCGAGGGCGUAAGUUGUGGGUAGCACGUAGCAUAGAGGACGCAAACGCUUUCCCUCUCUGUCUCUCAGUAGUGAAGGGAGUGUCUCUCUGUCAUCUACUUCCUUCUCCUUCCUUCUCACUUCUCCAUUCUCAGUUACACUCACCAACCAACCAACCAACCUCAUUAAUCUCUCACCAAAUCCCAAUGCCUCUCCUCAAAACCCUACUUUCCCUCCUCCUUUCUGUCACCAUCGCCGUCGUUACCGCCGAUGACUCAGCCGUCAUGUCCAAACUCCUGAAAUCCCUGACCUCCCCGCCCACCGACUGGUCCCCCAAUACCCCUUACUGCCAAUGGACCGGCAUUACCUGCGACUCCUCCAACCGCGUCACCAAAAUAACACUCUCCUCUAAGUCCCUCACCGGAACUCUCCCCUCCGAUCUAAACUCCCUCUCUCAGCUCACUGACCUAUAUCUUCAAGAAAACUCCCUCUCCGGCCCACUCCCUUCUCUGUCCGACCUCUCUAACCUCCAAACUGCCUACUUCGGCCGCAACAACUUCACCUCCGUCCCCUCCGCCGCAUUCUCCGGCCUCACCAGCCUCCAGAAACUCAGCCUCUUCAACAACCCUUCCCUCUCCCCCUGGCCCUUCCCCACCGACUUAACUCAAUCAUCAACCCUCAGCGACCUCGAUUUCGGUUCCGCCGGAAUCACCGGCGACCUUCCGGACAUCUUUGACUCCUUCCCCAGUCUCCAGAACCUUCGGCUCUCCUACAACAACCUCACCGGAGCCUUGCCCAAGUCCCUCGCCUCCUCCUCGAUUAUCAACCUGUGGCUUAACAACCAGCAAAACGGUUUAUCGGGGACAAUUGAGGUUCUCUCCAACAUGACGCAGUUGUCUCAGUUGUGGCUCCACAAGAACCAGUUCACCGGUGGGAUCCCUGAUUUGUCGAAAUGCGAUAACCUCUUUGAUUUGCAGCUUAGGGAUAACAAGCUAACCGGAGUCGUUCCGAGCUCAUUGAUGGCGCUUCCGAGCUUGAAGAACGUAUCUUUGGACAACAAUGAGUUGCAGGGUCCUGUGCCGGUGUUCGGUAAGGGUGUGCAGGUUACUCUUGAUGGGAUCAAUAGUUUUUGUAGAGAUACUCCUGGACCUUGUGAUGAUAAGGUGAUGGUUUUGCUUAAGGUUGCCGAGGGUUUUGGGUAUCCCAGUCGGUUUGCGGAAUCGUGGAAAGGGAAUGAUCCUUGCAGUGGUUGGAGUUUUGUGGUUUGUUCAGGGGAGAAGAUUACUACUUUGAAUUUUAAGAAUCUGGGUUUGCAGGGGAUUAUUUCACCUGCAUUUGCGAAUUUGACUGAUUUGAGGAGCUUGUACCUCAGCGGGAACAAUUUGACUGGUUCUAUACCCGAGAGCUUGACCACAUUGCCCCAACUUGAGACUCUUGAUGUUUCUAAUAACAAUCUGUUUGGGGAGGUUCCAAAAUUCCCUCCAAGGGUGAAGUUAUUAACUUCUGGCAAUGCUAUGCUUGGGAAGAAUCCUGGUCCUGGGGGAGGUGGAGGAGGGAGCAGAACUAGUCCUUCUGAGGGGUCUGGUCCGAGUGCAAGUCCGGUUGAACCGAGGAAAGGUAGUUCCUUGCCGCCGGGUUGGAUUGCUGGUAUAGUGGUUUUUGUUUUACUUUUUGUUUUUGUGGUGGUCUUUGUAUCCUGGAAGUGUUAUGUCAGAAAUCGGCACCGGAAGUUUGGAAGGGUUGGUAUUCCUCAGAAUGGAAAAGGAAACUUUAAACUUGAUACGGCAAGUGUUUCCAAUUCCAAUGGAUAUGGUGGGGUGCCAAGUGAUUUGCAAAGCCAGAGCAGUGGUGAUAGGAGUGAUCUUAAUGGUUUUGAUGGUGGAAAUGCCUUGAUUUCAAUCCAUGUUCUUCGGCAAGUAACCAAUAAUUUCAGUGAAGAGAACAUUUUAGGUAGAGGAGGAUUUGGUGUUGUUUAUAAAGGGGAGUUGCCUGAUGGAACAAAAAUUGCUGUCAAGAGGAUGGAAUCUGUGGCAAUGGGAAACAAAGGAAUGAAUGAGUUCCAAGCUGAGAUUGCAGUUCUUAGUAAAGUUAGGCAUAGACAUCUGGUCGCUCUUUUGGGAUAUUGUAUCAAUGGCAAUGAGAGGAUUUUGGUAUAUGAGUACAUGCCUCAAGGAACAUUAACUCAGCAUCUCUUUGAGUGGCGUGAACUUGGGUGUGCUCCCUUGACAUGGAAACAAAGGGUAGCAAUAGCUUUGGAUGUAGCACGGGGUGUGGAAUACUUGCACAGCUUAGCUCAGCAAAGCUUCAUCCACAGAGAUUUAAAACCCUCAAACAUACUAUUAGGUGAUGACAUGAGAGCAAAGGUUGCAGAUUUUGGGUUGGUUCGGCUUGCACCGGAUGGGAAGUACUCUGUCGAGACACGGCUGGCUGGAACAUUUGGGUAUCUUGCUCCUGAGUAUGCAGCUACUGGAAGAGUGACAACCAAAGUGGAUGUUUAUGCAUUUGGAGUAGUUUUGAUGGAACUUAUUACCGGUAGAAGGGCAUUGGAUGAUACUUUGCCUGAUGAAAGGUCUCACUUGGUUACAUGGUUCCGAAGGGUACUUAUUAACAAGGAAAACAUACCAAAGGCAAUCGAUCAAACUCUUGAACCCGAUGAGGAAACCAUGGAGAGCAUAUAUAAAGUGGCCGAGCUGGCGGGCCAUUGCACAGCCCGUGAACCAUACCAAAGGCCGGAUAUGGGGCAUGCAGUGAAUGUCUUGGUUCCACUUGUCGAGCAAUGGAAACCAACUAGGAAUGCUGAAGAAGACAAUGGUGGCAUUGACCUUCAGAUGAGUCUUCCUCAAGCUCUGCAAAGAUGGCAAGCCAAUGAAGGCACUUCUACAAUGUUUGAUAUGUCAUACUCACAAACCCAAUCAAGCAUUCCCUCUAAACCUUCUGGCUUUGCAGAUUCCUUCGAUUCAAUGGAUUGCCGGUGAUGUAAAACGGUUGAUAAGCUACCAUCUUGGUUGUGGGAAAUAACACCGCGGAAAAAGCUUAGGCUGUUAAGCUGUCUGAUUUAGCAGCAUGAUGAGUUGCAUGUCACCAUAUUUGUUUACUUUAAAAGGUAUCAUUCUGUUGAGCUAAAGAUUAUAUGACGGUUUGGGUUAGAGGUCGGAAGCAUGUUGUUUCUGUGGAAGGGGAAGGUCCUCGAGUUUGUCAGAAAUGUCAAUUGUAUUAUAUUCUUUCUCCCUCUCUUCUAAUUUUGAAUUGGAAGUGUGUCUCUCGCGCAGGUAAUUGUAUCCAGUGAGUAUCUACUAGACAUUAAACUUGGUCUCUCUUUGACCAUAUAUGUAAGGUCUUAUUUAUUAUUUAUUUAUUUAUUUAUUGGUCAACUAGUAUUUGUGAGGUUCAAUGUGUUGUAGUAGCAUGUUUAGUUUUUCGUUUCAAAUUCUGCAUCGAAAUCAUUAUUUGGGUAGAAGUUAUUACAAUAUAGAUGUUUUACCUACCUCAUAAUUGAGUAUGUUACACAAAAAUCUAAUCAUCAGUCAUUCAUAUGAGGAGAAUAAUUUUGCUGCUAGUCUAAACUCUAACAAGACCACCUUGUGGGAA